AUGGUAGGGAAAAGUCGUAAAGAUUGGUCGGACAAGCUUGAUGAUGCUUUGUGGGCAUUCUGUACCGCCUACAAAACACCUUUAGGGACUACAUCGUUUAUGAUCGUCUACGGCAAAGCUUCCCAUCUCCCGGUAGAAUUAGAACACCGAGCGUAUUGGGCUCUUAAAACCGUGAAUUUAGAUCUUACCCCCGCGGCUAGGAGAAGGUAUUUCCAAAUCCAUGAGUUAGAAGCCCUUACAGAUGCGGCGUAUAAGCGUUCUUUGAGUGUCAAAGAGAAAAUGAAAUCGUUGCAUGAUCAAAAGCUUAAAGGGUUGAAGGAAUUUAAAAUUGGUGAUAAAUUGAAGUCGAAGUGGGCGGGACCGUAUGUUGUGAAAGAAGUGUUUCCGCAUGGUGCGAUUGAGUUAUACAAUAAAGCUAGUGAUAGUUCAUGGAAAGUGAAUGGCCAUCGUUUAAAGCAUUAUUUAGGAGGGCCGAUUGACAACAUCGAGAAGGAGGAAACUCCUCUCGAAGAUCUUCCGAACAUCACCGUUUAG